AUGGCCAUGCAGUUAAUGGACGAGCGGCCCGAGGCCUACGCGGACUUGUCUCUCACGGCACCCAUGCCCAUGGAGGAGAUAGAUACGUUCUUCUCGAUGCCCCAGGUGCACCGAGGAUGGGAGGCAGCCACCUCGCAUCCCUUCGGCCACUCCGCUCCCCAGAUAUCCCACGGAGAUUCCUACCCACAGCACUUCCAGGGCCCGGAACAUGCUCCCUUCAUGUACGGCUGCCCGCCCCGGAGCCAUCCUGCAUGGAACGCACGACCUGCGGUGGUUGGAGACGUGGAGAGCAGCAACAGCAGAGACAGUAUCCUAUACUCCGAUGAUCAAGACUGCAGCGAUGUCGAUGCCCAGGGGGAGGCAUGGGCUACUCCGGCCACCCCGUCUCAGGGCCAAGAAUCCGCAGGAUGCAACAAGGCUGAGGCAUGGGAGGAGUUUUACCUGAAGAGCCCUGGGGCCGGUGAUGGACACUCUACCUCCCUCGUCUCCCACGACGACGGUGGAAUUUCCUUUGGCUGCAACGGCCCGGCUGGCAACAAGGGAGGAUCCUACGGGUCGAUAUCGCCUCCGGCGGCUGGCGAGGCCUCUGAAUCCUUGGAUGGGACCGUCACGGACAGCCCGGAGACUCGAGGGACCGGGGAGCUUAGCUGCCUCGACGGGACCUCGUCAGAGAGGCAUUACGAAGCCGGCGAGACGAGCCACAGUCAGCGGCGGCAGCAGCAGCCGGAGCAGCACACGCCCUACGCCCAGUACAUCCACCGAGCUCUUAUGGAGAAGGAGGACCACUGCAUGUCCCUCCAGGAGCUCUACAGCUGGUUCCAGAAGAACACCAGCAAGUGCAAGCCCGGGGAGCGCGGGUGGAUGAACAGCAUCAGGCACAACCUGAGCAUGAACGCCGGCUUCAAGAAGAAGGGAGCGCCCGAGUCCGCGGAAGGGGCCGGGGACGGUCCCACCAACGCCGAGACCACGCGGACCACGUCGUGGGCGCUCACAGAGGAGGCCAUCGCCAACGGGAUCCAGAGCACGACUCGCUACCGCAACAAGAAGAGCAACGGCGGAGGUGGGGUCGGCGGCGUGGGUGUCAGCCUCAGCGUCAGCAGAAAUGGCAGCGGCAGCGGCAGCGGCACGAGGAGGCAGGACGUGCGCAUUAGCCGACCGCUUGCUUCGGCCAAUAACGCGUCGCCGUCUUCGUCAUCGUCCUUGUCGUCGUCGUCGUCGUCGACGGCGGCCAUCACCACGAGCAUGUACGGAAAUGGAACGUGCAGCAGGUUCGGAUCGACAAGGGUGUCCAAAGCCGACGGCAAGGCGACCCGCCGCGGUCAUACCGCAGCAGUCCAGACACCCCUGUCGCUCCCCCUCACCAUACCCGGACACCACUUGCACCACCCCGUGGCAGGAAUUCCGACGACGCAGGGACAGUACUGUGGCCAGGUCUACUAUGAUGGUGGUGGUCACGACAGUCAGGGAUAUCAUCCAUCCAUGCAUCCUGAUGCGCCCGCCGCCGCCGCCGCCGCCGGGUCGCCUUCAGCCUUUCAGAAGGAGUAUCCCCCCUUAUGCGAGGGCGCAACCGCUGCCUGGCACACCGCCAUGGCCAUGAAGACGACGACGGUGGCGGCGAGCCCACCUCUCCCUCCUGCGGGAAUAGUCCUCGACCACCAGUACGGGGCACCCGGUAUUACUGCAGGGGAACCAGGCAGCCUAUACAACGACCGCGACUGGCAGUUGACAGAUGACGGUUACCAGCUCGGCCACCAACAACAUGACUAUUACCCAUCCUGGGAGGUUCCACCUUACCCGGAUAUUCAUGUCGACCAUGCCGUCACCUAA